GAUCAGGAUCGAUAAAUACUUCCAGGCGACCACAAGCAACAGUUAGGAACAGACCCUCAGAAUUCUUAUUGGGCGGCAUAAGAGAACUAAUUCGAUUGUGACGUAAAUAGACCGCCAUUUCUGAUGUGAAACUAUUGCGUGUAAUAAGUUAUCUUUUAGGUUCUGUGAACGUUAGAACGGAAUAUAUACAGAGAAACUGAUACAUAUGAUUUAGUAAACGUUGUUCUGGUAUAUAAGAGAAGAACGAAUUGUCCAACUGAAGAAUUAAGGGACAUAUUUGAGAACAUAUUGGAGGUUUUUGUGCACAAUAAUGGUUGAACACGUUCCAAAUCAAGGCAUUAAAAGCAAUUCAGCUAAUGUGUCUGCAGUACAUUUAAGCGUUUUUACCAUCAUAGCAAUAUGUGCUGUCACUGUUGUCAGCCUGGUGCUUAUCACAGCCGUUGCUUACAAAUGUUACCGAAGACGUCAGCUGAGAAACGCUAAUAACAGACUGUCGUCGGCAAUUAAAAAAGGAUUGAGGGAGACGCCAUCUUCCAGUAAGCGGUCAUCAAGAAGUUCUUCAGUCGUAAAAGUUACAAAAGCAACUAGUCCAAUUUCGCCUUCAGACCACUUAACUGGUCCGGGCGAAAAGCUGUCACCGGGGAGCUUUUCCAUGCGUCCUGACAACAUGGACUCGCCGCAUCACUUGGGCGGGAAAAUCAGCCCGGAAACCAGUCACCAUACUGAGUACGAAAAAGGCGACCGGACGCCGGAAAAAGACGAGAAUGCGAAACUAAAAGAUUAUGCGCAAUCGUUUUCGGACAAGUCUGAGCCGAAAUAUCGUGGAGCCCUGAAUUUUUCCCUUGAAUACGACCACGAUAAGACGGCGCUUCUGGUGAACAUAAUGAGCCUCGUGGAUCUACCACCUCGUGACCCCAGCACAGGAGGAUGCGACCCGUACGUGAAACUUCAACUUUUACCAGAAAAGAGACACAAAUGCAAAACGCGUGUGCUCCGGAAAACUCUUAAUCCCGUCUACGACGAGACCUUCACGUUCUACGGGAUUUCAAGCAACCAGCUUCAGGGGAUGACGUUGCAUUUCGUAAUUCUCAGCUUCGACAGGUUCUCGCGAGAUGCGAUCAUGGGCGAGGUUCUCUAUCCGGUGAAACCGGAAGACUUUGCACAGAAGAGGUUGAUGCUUUGCAAGGAAAUAACACCGAGGCAUUUAAAGUUCCGGAUGCAGGGCUGCGGGGAGCUUCUGGUGUCCCUCUGCCACCAACCGGCCGCCAACCGCCUCACCGUCGUCGUGCUGAAGGCCCGCAACCUCCCGAAGAUGGACCUCUCAGGCCUCUCAGAUCCAUACGUUAAGAUCUACCUGCUGUAUAACGGACAGAGGAUCGCCAAGAAGAAGACGCACGUGAAGAAGCGGACCCUAAACCCGGUGUUUAACGAGUCUUUCCUGUUCGACGUGCCCUACAACGAGGGUCUGCAGAACAUUAGUCUCGAGUUCCUCGUGCUCGAUUGGGACCGCAUGACCAAGAAUGAGGUGGUGGGACGUCUGGAGAUUGGGGCCAAGUCACGUGGCGCACAACAACAUCACUGGCAAGAGGUCAUCAACUGCCCGCGAAAACAGAUUGCAGAAUGGCAUAAGCUUAUUGAGCAUUGAAUCACGUGAUAAUGACGUGUCCAAAAACCGUUGACUUCCCUCCUCUUGUUAUUUGUUGAAAUUCAGAAAUAUGAUAUAUUAUUCUUAUUAUUGUUAUAUAUUACAUAAAGAACCUAUCUGUAUUUAAUCAAAGGCAAAUUGACAUGUAUUUAAUUGUCAUUCAGCAAUAUUAUAUAGAUACGUAUGCUAAGUUCAAAUAUUUGACGGCUAAUAAUAUGAGUGGUUCCAACUUGUAUCGAUGAAUUACAAAUCCUUUGCCAACGCCCUUGAACAUCAUACAGACCGGGUGAUUUAUGUCAGUUUACUGGUUUAUAAACAGGUCCAUUAAAGCAACAGAAACACGCUGAACAAUAUAUUGUAGUCAACGACUACAACGAGCAUAUACGACUGUUGAGUAUAACCAAUUAAGAACAAUUAAUGUGUUGUGUCUGCUUGGAUAUUAACCAGCCCAUUCGUUUUACGUUGUUUAAACUGUUCGUUCCACUUAUAGUACGCCCCGGUGUGGUGUGUUGCACACAACUUAAAGAACAAUAUAUUCUAUAUAAAAAACAUCGUGCCUACCGAUUUUGUAAGACUCUGGAAACCUCUUCCCCGCGGAUGUGCCCGACCUAGUUGUGUUUUUUAUGUUCAUCUAUCCUACGCUGCAUACUUAAUUAUACGUAACUUCUUUAACGUUCGAUUUCUUAAGACCUUGUCAUUUGUGCUGAUAUAAGAAAUUUCUGGAAGGUGAAACUUGAUUAACCAUUUUAAAUCAGAAUGGUUUGCUAACAUAACCCUGAGAACUCCAAACUCCUUCGCAUGAAUUACACGUGUAUUUAGCCCUAUGCGCACGAUGAACCAUACAAACCAAACACCUGAGUUCGGGUUUAAAGGAUGAUGGAUUCGAGUCAAUAUUACUUCCCAAAACUUAUAUUUUCAAUACAAAGGUUUAAAAAAUAUGAUGCGUCGAUUAUGCGUCAAACCGCCGUCGUAAAGGCAACAUAUUCAAUUCAUUUUUUAAGCAAGCCUUAAAACAUUCGGGAGCUCCAAACAAAAGGCAUGACUGACCGAAUUCUUUACUGGUGAAUGUGUGUUUGCUUAAGUCCGUGUUCGGAAUUCCAGAAUUAUUUCUCUGUUAUCUACAUACCCCAAGUGUGUUUGUUUUGCGUUUCUCUACAAAGAGGAGCGGAUCCAGGAUCAAUUAUAUGGUUUACAGUUAUGUUAUAUAUAAAUUAAUGACUCUCGGGAGGUAUAAAAUCAGCUCUUUGCUAGGCAAGUUAACAAUCAUAAUGUUUUCAGACAAGAUGACUCUUCUUAGUCAUAUUUAAAGAUCCAGGAUAUCGUAAACAAUUUGUACAGGAAACAAUAAUGGAACAAACUAUCUUAAGUGUUUUGUACAAAAUGUUCACCAGUUAUAUUAUUUCUAAACUGUAUUAAAAAUAAUUACACAUGCUAUUAAAUAAUAUCAGGAAAUGGACAAAUAAAUCUAUAUGUGUAA